GGACUAGGAGGCUGAGCUCUAGCUGGCCAGUGGGUGACAGGUCGCUCUUGCCAAGGAAGGUUGCUUGGCAAGUUAGGAUUGGGUUCCCGGUCAGAAGGACCAUGCAGACAGCGAGGCCACAGCUCUCCCGGACCGGCACUGGGACCCAGAGUGACCAGGGGGCAAUGGUGUCUCCAAGGAAACAGAGGUCUCCUGUCCCAUCUUAAGCUCUGCUGGAUCCCGUGUGACAUCAGCCAGCCCCCUCGCCACAGUCACCACCACUGGGAGUUGUGAGCUCUGUGCUGGGCCGGGCCAGCACCAGGCACUGACACUUCAGCUGUUGUUGGGAGAACAGAGAGAAGCCCUUGUCUGCUGCCUGUUCUUGGCUCCACUGCUGGGUUCCCCGGAGGCUUUUCCUCAGACCGCACAGAGUCCACCCAAGCGUGACUACAGAAUGGCAUCCAGCCCGGCUGAGAUCCCUAGCCCACAGCCUUCCAGGGACAAUGGGAACAUCAACCUGGGGCCUUCAGCCAACCCAAAUGCCUGUCCCACAGACUUCGACUUCCUCAAAGUCAUUGGUAAAGGGAACUAUGGGAAGGUCCUGUUGGCCAAGCGCAAGUCUGAUGGGACCUUCUACGCAGUGAAGGUGCUGCAGAAAAAGUCCAUCUUAAAGAACAAAGAGAAGAGCCACAUCAUGGCAGAGCGCAACGUGCUCCUGAAGAACGUGCAGCACCCGUUCCUUGUGGGCCUGCGCUACUCCUUCCAGACCCCUGAGAAGCUCUACUUUGUGCUCGACUAUGUCAACGGAGGGGAGCUCUUCUUCCACCUGCAGCGGGAGCGCAGGUUCCUGGAGCCCCGGGCCCGGUUCUAUGCCGCUGAGGUGGCCAGUGCCAUUGGCUACCUGCACUCCCUCAACAUCAUUUACAGGGACCUGAAGCCAGAGAACAUUCUCUUGGACUGCCAGGGACAUGUGGUGCUGACGGAUUUUGGCCUUUGCAAGGAAGGUGUAGAGCCCGAGGAGACCACGUCCACAUUCUGCGGUACCCCUGAGUAUUUGGCUCCCGAAGUGCUUCGUAAAGAGCCUUAUGACCGGGCAGUGGACUGGUGGUGUCUAGGAGCAGUUGUCUACGAGAUGCUGCACGGCCUGCCACCCUUCUACAGCCGAGAUGUUGCCCAGAUGUACGAAAACAUUCUGCACCAGCCGCUACAGAUCCCUGGGGGCCAGACAGUGGCUGCCUGUGACCUCCUACAAGGCCUUCUCCACAAGGACCAGAGGCAGAGACUCGGCUCCAAGGCAGACUUUCUCGAGAUAAAGAACCAUGUCUUCUUCAGCCCCAUAAACUGGGAUGACUUAUACCACAAGAGACUGACUCCACCCUUCAACCCAAAUGUGGCAGGACCUGCUGACCUGAAACACUUUGACCCAGAGUUCACCCAGGAAGCUGUGUCCAGGUCCAUUGGCUGCACCCCUGAUACUGUGGCCAGCAGCUCUGGUGCCUCAAGUGCAUUCCUGGGAUUUUCCUAUGCACAGGAGGACAAUGACAUCUUGAACUGUUAAGAGUAAAGCAUCUGUGAAGCCACAGAGGCAAGCUGGUAAUGAGAGUCAAAGUUGUAAGUCUGAUGGCUUAAGCAAGAAACAGGUAUAUUUUUCUCCAUUCCCUAAAAGAAGCAGUGUUAGUUGGGACUGGCAUGGUAAGACAGGGCACAAGACAUAGAAGCUUUCUGUUUCUUUUCUGUUCUUUGUGACAGAUGGCUUCCAGUAUUAUGGUUGUUACAUGAUCAAAAGAUGGCUGCUGGUGGUCUAGCCACCACUUUUGUCUUCUGGGCAGGAAUAAAAGAGGAAUGGGGUUGAGGGAGUGGCCAAAGAGCCCAAUGAAGAGCUUGCCUGGAUGCCUUACCCAGUGACUUCUCCUGACAUCUCGUUAACCAACCCCUGCUGUAAUGGAGCCUAGGCACAUGACCACCCCUAACAGCAAAGGGGUGCUGGUGCUCGUCCAGAGGGGAGGAUGCUGGCUAGUCUUCAACUGACAUCUGUGAAAGUCAUGUUCCAGCUGCAGGAGACAGUGGGAAUAUGGUGUUGUCUCGGUAACAGUCUUGUAGGGUGCUAACAUUCUUUACCAGAGAGCUUCUUGAUGUUUGCAUUUUUAUCUCAAUGUAUAAAAUGACAGAUAUGUAACAAGCCUGUAUGGUGUUAUCAACAUCUUUUACUGUACUAUGUUGAUGGUGUCUUUCUUUGUUGUGGGUAGUACUGGACAUUUGUUACUGGGUUUGGCUGCCUAUCAUCUGAACCUCUUCUAAUAUUCAGAGAGUCUCAAGUACCACACCUGAACCCAAAGUAAGCAUCAGGAGCUUUCUUUCAGAUGGUAGUUGUGGUAAUGGUACUCACAAAAUUGAGUUCCUGGUAAAGCAAUAGCAUCAAGGCAACCCAGUGGAGAUAGAGUAGUUCUGAAGAAUAACCCUCAACUGGACCCUUGUUCCUAGCAGGAGUUGGCUGCCAAGUUAAUGCUGUGCUCCAUCUCGUGUGGCAUGCCUAUGUGGUGACCACAGCUUCCUGACCAUCCAUUAAACUCCACGUGUUCAAGCUUAAUCAUUUCUAGUGCAAUUCUGACUGGACAAAAUGUGAGCUUGUAACACUUCAUGAAUUAAGGACACUCUGCUCCUGUGGGAUGGAUUAUGCUGCUUUAUUUAAAAGUAGUUUUUUCGGGGCUGGGGAUUUAGCUCAGCAGCAUAAGCACCUGCCUGGCAAGUGUGAGGUUGUGAGUUCGAUCCCUGGUACAAAAAAAUAAAAUAAAAUAAAAGUAGUUUUUUGUUUUUUC